AUGCGGACCUUCUUCAUCUUCGGCCGCUUCUGUGGCCGAAGGGAGUUCCCCUCUACCUUCUCUCACUUCGCCUUCCGAGUGCGCAUUCCCCGUCAUCAGCAGUCAUUUGCCCGAUGGACCAGAAAAUAUAGUCUAAAAGACCCGCGUCAAAGGCGCACGCCUACUCUCCUUGCAGCAGCGGCAGCGGCAACCGCGAUCUCUCCCGCCGCUUUUGUUCAACUGGGCGAGAACCAUGACGAUGGAAAGACGGGCGAGAUGCACAUGCUGGAGUUGUCUAGGCAGGAGAUCAGCAAGGAGGUUCCCGAUGAUGCCCGUGGCAUCCGCCGCUUCUACAAAACCGUCGUAUAUGUGCUAGACCAAUGGGUCUACGAGCCCAUAGCCACGAGUUUCCGUUUCCUGCACCUCCUCCUCAUCUUCGUGCCCGUCAUUGUCACGAUACCGGCUGCGUUUCUGGGUCCAAGGAGGAAAGAUCACGAUGACGAAAGAGUCGGUACUAUAUGGUGGUAUGGAUUCCUCGUGAAAUCCAUGGAGAGAGCUGGCCCGGCCUUCAUCAAGCUCGGACAAUGGGCCGCCUCCAGGAGCGACAUCUUCCCGGCCGAGAUGUGCAGGCAGAUGUCAGAACUGCAUUCAAACGCUCCUGCUCAUUCCCUGCGCCAUACUAUCAAGACCAUCUCCGAAGCAUUUGGGGGGAGGUCGUUCGGUGAAAUCUUCGAGGAAUUUGACGAGAAACCUUUGGGUGUCGGCGCCAUUGCUCAGGUCUACAAAGCAAGGCUGAAGCCGGAUCUGGCAGGACUCGACAAUAGUGGACUCGACGAGUCCGACAAUCUCCGCCUAAGCCAUCGCAUCAAGAAGAACGUCGAUGCCCUGGUUAAAUCUAGUCCUCAGAGAGUGCCUUCGGCUUAUGUGGCUAUCAAGGUCCUCCAUCCUAAGGUCGAGCGAACCGUCCGACGCGAUCUCAAGAUCAUGGCUGUCUUCGCCGCCGUCAUCAAUGCUAUCCCCACCCUGGAGUGGCUGGAUUUGCCCAACGAGGUAUACACCUUUGGCGGAAUGAUGCGCCUGCAACUGGAUCUUCGCAUCGAGGCUGCCAAUCUAACUAUUCUUCGCAAACAUUUCCAGCGUCGCACGACCGCAUGGUUCCCUUGUCCGUACACCGAUUUCACAACCCGCAAUGUUCUCGUUGAAGAAUUUGCGCAGGGCAUCCCGCUAGCAGCGUUUUUGGAGUCUGGAGGUGGCGUCUUUCAGAAAGAUAUCGCAAACGAGGGUUUGGAUGCUUUUCUGCAUAUGCUUCUGAUAGAUAAUUUCGUCCACGCCGACCUCCAUCCGGGCAACAUCAUGGUCAACUUCUACCAGCCCACCCAUCCAGAACUACCCAGUUAUCUGUCGCCCCGAGAUGCAUCGCAGCCAUCGACUGCUUCCGAAAUUGACGCCUCUGAGGCCGUCUUGUCACGCCUGCGUCCACACAUUGGCAAAAAGAAGGAAUGGCAGGCGGCACUUGUGGAGAUUGAGAGGGACGGUUACAUACCGCAGUUGAUUUUCAUCGACACGGGCCUGGUCACGGAAUUGAACGCGAAGAAUAGAACCAAUUUCCUGGACCUCUUCCGCUCUAUCGCCGAGUUCGACGGCUACAAGGCCGGCCAUUUGAUGAUCGAAAGAUGUCGCCAACCUGACGCUGUGGUUGAUGGCGAAGUCUUUGCUUUAAAGAUGCAGCAUCUCGUCUUAGCGGUUAAGGGUCAAACCUUCGCUCUCGGCAACAUCAAGAUCGGAGACGUCCUGUCAGAAGUCCUCGGAAUGGUUCGAGCUCACCAUGUUAGGAUGGAAGGCGAUUUCGUGAACGUGGUCAUCUCAAUCCUGCUGCUCGAAGGUAUUGGUCGCACGCUGGAUCCAGAUCUCGAUCUAUUCAAGAGCGCCUUACCCAUCUUGAGACAGUUGGGAUCAUCAGACCCAGGCGCUGUGUUGAAGAGUUUCAGAGAAGGUGACUUCUCCCUGUUGAAGAUAUGGGUUGGACUGGAAGCCAGAAGAUUCUUCCAGGCCAGUGCAGAAAGUGUGGAGAUGUGUGUCAAGUAUGAUCUGCUCAGCCCAAAUGUCUGA